AGCCAUAUAAUUUCUUUUUAUUUUAUUUUAUGUAUUAACGCUGGUCUUUGAUAAUUAAUUUUACGUUUUUGCUAGAGUUGCAAAUUUGCGGCCUUUGCACUUAGGCCCAAAUCGAAGUCUCCGGCGACCAAUCGCCGUCAUUUGGAAACUGACUCAGAUAUAUAGUUCUACUUCGGUAGUCUUAAUGGCACUAUCACGGAAUGCUAUUGUUGCUACUGGCUUGGUAGUUUUCGCAUCUGCGGGGUUGGCAUUUCCCUUUUACAUGGCGUCAUCAAAAACGCCUGUUAUCGAUCCAACAAAGCCACUGUCACCUCAGGCAACUUUUCGAGGGCCUUAUAUAAACACUGGUUCGCGUGAUGUUGGACCUGAUCGUCAGACCUACCCUAAGAAGUGAUCUAUCUGGUAUGAUAUCUGCUCCUGUGAGUCAGUAAACAUUAACCUGCAUUUUGCCCGAAUUGAAUCUGGCUCGAAUUUUCUCCUCCAGAUGAAUGGACAUGCUUGCAUUAAGCACUGUUUUGUUCUAGCACAUAACUAGAUGUGCGUGGUUUGAAAUUCUUCUCAUGUUAUAUAGAAUAUGUAAAAUUAACUGGUAGUGAGAUUUCAUUAUGAGACUUGAGUAUGUAAAGAAUAAAGAUAUUGGUAUAAAAUCCAGACCAUGGGGAUGGAUAUUUAUAGUUU